AUUGUAAUGGUUAUCGCAACAAAAGCCAACUCACAAACAAUAGAUGUUAACCAUAUAUUUCAAAAUGUCGAUCAAUAAUGGAGCUCUACCGGCAAACAACGUUCAUGAUAAGAAACUCAAAGAUGGCGGAAUAAUUCUUGGCAGUCCGGAAAUAAUACGAUUGAAAUUUACACCUAAACAAAAUAGCCUCCCAAUUAGUGUUGAGAGUGUGAAUCCACUAAUAGACAAUUUUGAAGACCGGAAGUUGCCCAAAUUCCGUGCCACUCUCUCCGAACCGAAUAUCUUCGUAACCCCGGCAGCCUCAACCGAAACAAGCCCCGAACAUGUGAUAGUUUUUCCUAAAGGAUCAAAUAGUCUGUUCCAGGUUAAUCAACUAUACGGAAAAUACAAGAAAAAAUCGUCACAGGACUUUUCGAAUCCAGCUUUUGAGCCUGACGACGGUCUUGCGGAUGACCACCACUUUUCUGACAUAGUAGAACACGUUCUAAGACAACCCCUAAAUGGAAGAUAUGUUCAUCCAUACGGACAAGGGAAUUUGUACAAAGCCAUUUUGGUCGGCGAGAAAACCAAGCUUCCACAGAGCGCUGGGAAGCUUGUAUUUUGGACCGUCUUUCUUCUGAUGAUGGUGGGACUAGCUUGCUCAAUCAUCCUUCUGGCUGAAACCUAUAAAUCAGACCAGUCUUUACUUUUGUCUACAAAUGACACUACAAAACGGCGCUGACGAGAAUUCUGUGUGGAGCAUUUAAACCCGGGAAGAACCUAGUCCGUCGCUUCGAAAGUGAUCUGAUCACGUGACGCUGACGUUUGAAAGAAACUUAUAGUUACAGAUACAUGCUCAAAGGAUGAGUGGAACAUCAAGUGAAGGAAGUGGAAUAUGAAAUACAAGUAAUUGCACUUCGCAUCAAAAGGACUGAAAUCAAAUCAAGAUACAGUGGAAAAUCAAACAGACAGGACUACAUUAGAGGAGACUUAUCCAUUUGUAAUACAUGUACAUGUUUAUGGAAAAGUCAUUAUAAAUUGCUUGCCUUUUCUAAAGAUCUUGAUAAUUUCUUUGGAAUCGACACUUCUAAAUUGUAAAUUCGUUCCGAAUCUAUUUCAUAGUUGUUGUUAUAUAUUUUGUAAUUGUAUAUUUUUAUAAUUACAAUUUUAUAA